UGUAAUUUUCAGGACGAAUGCAACGUAGAAAUUCUGUGAAGAGGCUAUCCGUUUUAUAGAUCCUGAUGUGUAGCUUGUUAGUUCGGCGGAUGCUAUGGAACAUGUCCCUUACAUCGACUUGAACUUAAUUUGUCGGAUUUGCUUGAAGGGUGAGGCUGCAGUUUCAAUUUACAGUGAAGCGUUCACUGUUCGUCCUAUAGAUAUGGCGCAGAAAAUGGAUUUCUUUCGGGUUGACAAUUUAUAUGGACUCUCAACAUGGCUCUGCCAAACAUGCACUGGUCGAUUAAUCGAUGCUUACAAUUUAAAGGAACAAUGUGAAUAUUCGAAUGCUAGGCUCAAUGAAUAUUUCCACAUGUACAAAGGAUUCACCUACAAUGCGAACAGAAACGAUGUCAACUACAGCUUCAUGAAAAGUUCUGCUAGUUCCGAAGUAUCUUCGACUUUUGCUAAGGACGACGAAAUCUAUGAUGCUGUCAACAUCGCCUGCGAAAUUUUAAAUGAAAAUCAAUCUCGCCUAUCAACUGCAGACGAGGAUGUUCUCAAUGAUGUUAUAAUUGAUGUGAAUAGUUUAACACAGUCAGAAGAUUCACUGGGUGUAUCUGCUGGUGACCCUCAAGCGAAACCUGCUAUAGAACCUGGUGGAGCCGGAAAUUGUGAUUUAAGUACAAAGGGAGAAAAGGAUCUUGGUAAUGAAGAGGCAGAGGAAACUUCGAACGUAAAUGAAUUCUUACAACCAGAGGAGCGCUCGAAGCCUAGAAGGAAGUCUGGUAAAAGGGCCCCCAUCAUUUGCUCAGUUUGUGGGAAAACUUUCAGAAAUCGAACUUAUCUGGAAACACAUAUGCGCAUCCAUACUGGAGAAAAGCCUUUCCAGUGUGAGGUAUGCCAAAAGUGCUUCAAUCAAAUGAGCAAUCUAACGCUUCAUGUGCGAAUUCAUACGGGAGAGAAACGCUUCCAAUGUGAUGUUUGCAGUCAAUUUUUCACAACAUCCAGCAAUUUGAAGACUCAUCAGGUGGCACAUUCUGAAGCCAGGAAUUUCCAGUGCAACGAAUGUUUGCGUAAUUUUAAGACACUAAAAGAUCUCAACAGUCACUCAGCGAUUCAUAGCAAUAUCAAGCUGUUUACGUGCAACAUAUGCCAAAAAGAUUUUCUCAAAGCGUCGUAUUUGAAUGACCACAUGAGAAAAGUGCAUAGGGGAGAGAGGAGACACAAAUGCACUGAAUGCGAGAAGACAUUUUCCAAUAGCUCAAACUUGAUUUGCCAUUUAAGGACGCAUACCGGGGAGAAGCCGUAUAAAUGCACAGUGUGCAACGCCAGCUUCAAUCAAUCUUCUGCUUUGAUGCGUCAUACAAAAAGGCACUCGAAACAAAAACUACCAACUAAUGCCACCGAAAAUAUGGCACAGACAUCAGAAAAUAGGUUUGUAUCAUCAGGGGCUCAAAAAUUCGACAUUGAUAACAUUCUUAUGGCUGAACCUCAUUUGAACACCGGAAUGAUAUCGCCUUUGAUACCACCUAUUAUGAAUUCAACUCCGCAUCAGAAUAUCCCUAUGGACAACGAAGCUAAUCAACUGGUAUCAAUGGAAAAAGAACUUAAUGUCAAUGAAUAUGUAAUCGAUUUCUCCAGAGAAACAAACUUAGAGUUUUCAAGAAAUCAGCACUCGUUCAAUUUUCAUAGUUGAAGGUUGCAAAAAUAAAAUUAAUACUUCCACCGGAAAAUAGAGUUUAAU